AUGACCACCAAAGCCAUCGCCAUCAUCGCCGGCGUAGGUCCCGGCACAGGCGCAGCAGUAGCCCGCCGCUUCUCCAAAUCCUACCCCGUGGUCCUCCUCGCCCGAUCCCCCGAGAAUUACGAGUCCCUAGCCCAAGAAAUCAACUCCUCCGGCGGAAAAGCCAUCGGCAUCAGUACCGACGUCUCCUCCGAAGAGUCCGUCAAGAAUGCGUUCGCAGCCAUCAAGAAAGAAUACGGCGACGCUCCAGCAGCAGCGGCGAUCUUCAACGCCAGUGGCAAGUUCGUCCGGAAGGGGAUCCUGGAACAGACCGUGGAAGAGUUCCACGUCGGACACGAAGUCUCCGUCAAGGGAGCCUUUAUCUUCUCGCAAAACGCCCUCCCCCUCCUCCUCAAGCACGUCGAGUCAAAGGAUGCGCAAUACCCACCCACCUUGAUCUUCACCGGCGCAACAGCAUCGGUUAAAGCCAACGCGUUGAUGUCGUCUUUCGCAUCCGCGAAAUUCGCAUUGCGGGCAUUGAGCACCUCCAUUGCGAAAGAGUUCGCACCUAAGGGCGUGCACGUUGCGCAUGCGGUGAUCGAUGGGGUUAUUGAUAUUCCACGCACUCAGGAGUGGUUGAAGGAUAUGCCGCCGGAGGCGAAGAUUGGGGCGGAGGAUAUUGCGGAGGCGUAUUGGAAUUUGCAUACGCAGAGUAAGAGGUGUUUUACGAAUGAGAUUGACAUUAGGCCUAUGUUGGAGAAAUGGUAG